UCCAGAGAGCCCCGUGCGCUGCCGGGCUCAGGGCCGGACAGGGAAUUGUCGCUUCCCCCCUGGUUCCCCCCUCGGCAGCCAGCCCGUGCCUGCCGCUGGUCACGGCUCCGGUGAGCGGCGGAGCGCCUCGGAUGAGUGCAGGAGUGAGCUGGAGAUGGUGGACCAUCUUGCAAAUACCGAGAUCAACAGCCAGCGCAUUGCUGCUGUGGAAAACUGCUUUGGGGCUUCUGGACAGCCCUUAGCCUUGCCAGGCAGGGUCCUUCUGGGAGAAGGGAUUUUAACCAAAGAAUGCCGCAAGAAACCAAAGCCUCGCAUAUUUUUCCUUUUCAACGACAUCCUCGUCUACGGCAGCAUAAUCAUCAACAAAAGGAAGUACAAUUCCCAGCACAUCAUCCCCCUUGAAGAUGUCACUUUGGAGACGCUGCCAGACACCUUGCAGAUGAAGAACCGCUGGAUGAUUAAAACCUCCAAGAAGUCCUUUGUGGUUUCCGCAGCCUCCCUCACGGAGAGGAAGGAGUGGAUCAGCCAUCUGGAGGAGUGCAUCAAGCACCUGCUGACGAAGACGGGCCGGCAGCCCUGCAGGGAGCACGCGGCUCCCUGGAUCCCAGACAAGGCGACGGACAUCUGCAUGCGCUGCACGCACACCAAGUUCUCCACGCUCACCCGCAGGCACCACUGCCGCAAGUGCGGCUUCGUCGUGUGCGCAGACUGCUCCAGGCACAGGUUCCUGAUGCCCCGGCUGUCCCCCAAGCCCCUGAGGGUCUGCAGCCUGUGCUACAGGCAGCUGCUGGCGGAGAAGAAGAAGGAGGCAGAGGCGGAUCGGAGGCAGACGGAGCCGAUCCGCUCCACCAUCCAGGGCUACGAGCCCUCCAGUGGCGAUGACAGCGACAAGUCUGACGACGAGAAGGCCGAGCAGUGGCCAGCAGACACUGAGUUCUAUACCUCAGAAGUAUCCUGGUCAUCUUUCCACAGCUGACCUCCCUGGGAGCUGGUGCCAUUCAGACACUGAGAAGCCAACCCCUGGCCUCCAGUGUGUGUCCUUCUCAAUGUUUUCUCUGAAGGCCCUCCCAUGUGUGUCCUUCUCAAAGCUUUCUCUGAAGGCCAUGCCUAGGAAGGUGGAUCUUGGCCCCUGUGUGUGGUGUCAGAGCAGAGAUGAGGUUACCCCUCUGAGAACAUCUCACACCAUGUGAGCACAGAGAGGGCAGCUCAGUGGAGAGCACUGAGGACUGGGGCAGCACCCUGUGGAUCAGUCUUGGCCAAAUGAGCUCACCUUCGGUGCCUUAUUCUUCCUCUCUGCUAAAACUCAGCAAUGUGAACUUCUUGUUUGAAAUGUCUUGACAUUGGCUCUUGGGAGAAAAAGAAGCAAGAAAUCCCGGAGUUGAACACAUCUGCCUGCUCACAGUGUGUUCCUGUCACAGCAAGGGCCACUCUGGAUGCUGCUUUCCAUGAGCAUUCCGAGAUCCUCACUGCAAGUGUGCCAGCCUGAGGGAAUAGCUGCUCAUCCCUGCACAGUAAGGCCAGCACCAGCUUCCCUGUCUUCACCUGUGUCUCUCAAGGUUGGAAACACUAAGAGAGUGGUACUUUGAAUGCAGGGAGCUUGUGUGAGGCUCAGUGUGAGCAGCCCUCACAAAGCACUGGAGCAUCCAGCUCUCUCACAUGGAAAGAGGCCAUGCCAGUGGCACAGAGCCAGGAGGAGGAAGGAGAGGGGAAAGGGACAGGGAAAAUUACACUGAGCAGUGAAAUAGAGGGAGAGAGGUACUGCAGUUCACUCAACUAAAGUGCAGAGCCCAGAUCUCAAACACAGGCAGUUUUACCAGAAUACUAGAAACUUGAAAAACUCAAGCCUAUCAGGUAAAAGGACAGACCAGGGAAGACUUGUUAAAAGUCUUUAAAAAUCCAGGAAAAAGCCCCAAAUUAAGAUCCUGUGAAGUACAGCACUUCAGCUUCCCCUUCCCUCCUGGGCAGCUGCCCAAGGCAUUGGAUUCUCACUUGUGGGCUCACCUCCUGCCUUACCAGUCUCACAAGUCCAAAGUUAAGGUCCUUUUUGUACUUCAAGGAUGGGAGCCAAAGACUUUACAGUUUACUUGAGAUCAGCUUUAAAGUUCAAAUUCAGAUAGAAAUAAACUGUGCUUAUUCAAGUAUUCUAUCAUCAUGUAGCAUGGGAGUAACUAUAGAGGAAAUCAGACAACAGCAAUAGUUUUGCAGCAGACAUUUCUACAAACUCCCUUAUUAAUUUUAGUAUAUUUUUGUAUUGUGUAUUUUGUGGUCUGGAAAAGCAACAUGGCUGGGAAUACACUGCCAAUGUUCUAAAAUGUUUCCUUACCGUGACCUGUUAACAAUCAGUGCAUUGCUUGACAGAUGGCCAUGUUUUGUUGUGUUUUUUCUUAAAUUCAGUUCAAGAUAAUUAUUCUUACUGUCUUUUAUAAACUGCUACUGUUCCAGUGAAUUUGUAUCACUUGACUGUGUGUGAAUAAAGAUAUGGCCAAGAGGAAGGAGCCAGGAAAGCAGGGCAA